GACAGUUCCAACUGAUGUGGAGAUGGAGGCCAUUGUGUCCCGACGGUUGUCCCUCCGGACGCUGCCCCCGACGAGCCAGCGAAAGCCCGCCAAAGGCCGUGUGAAGCUGUUGAAGAUGGACAGAUCUUGGCUGGAAGGAUGGGAAGCAAGUUGGAACCAUCGAUAUGACGCUGGUGGAGCCAAAUGCCGGCAGCUCCUUUGCUCAAAGCUGUUGCUCGAGAAGGCCAAGAUCUUGAUUGGAACUUCCUUUGACGAGCUGGAGAAACUUGAGAAGGAAGAUUGGUUGGCAUUGAAGCUUCCCCUGAAAAACGUCGAGGCUGACAAGGGCAAGGAGGAUGAGAGCGGCGAGCAACAUAAAAGCUGCGCAAUGGUGCAGAUUCUCAAGCAUCGUCCAAAGCAGGAAAGGGAAGUGAUGAUGAUUGUCAAGGUGGAGAGCGACAACACCAGUUUCACCGGAUCCUCACUUUUACAUCGUGCAGAUCACCUCAUCAACACUGCACAAGUCUUAGGAUCCAUGGCUUCUUGCAUCAUCUUCGUGGAUCGUGGAUUGAAGAGCUUGCAUGAUUGCCACACGGUGAAGAAGGCCUUUCGGGAGCGGGUGGACCACUUGGCGAACGUGAAGAUGCCACCAAGCUUUCUGAUCUUCGCUGCAGAAAAUUCAGAUUCAGAUCCAUUUCCUGACACCGACGUGCCACUCGAACUGAAAGACCACAAGCCAGACAUGUUCAACGCAUCCCGUUCCGGGCCAUCUCGUUUCUUCUGGCACGUGGAGUUCACUGGAUGGUUCUGGUGGGACGUCGCUUUCAGAAAACUAGCGGAGGCUGGGCAAGUGAAAUCCUUCCGAGCAGCUGGCCGAGAAGUCGCGCCUCAACAAACGCUCGAAGCCAAGGACUUGCAGAAACUGUUCGCCGACCGCAACAAGCUGACGCCGGGCAAUGAGCUCACCCUCCGUGAUCUUCUUCAACUCGCCGACAUGACCAGGCACUACAGUGACAACAAGGCCAAGGACCGUCAGAAUAUCUACCCUGGGAGGAGAUCCGAUUGGGAUCAUCCAGAUCUUUAUCGGGGUUUGAGAGCUGUCUUGGUGCAAGGCCUUGAAGACACCAAUCAGUUUGAGACCCAGCAGCUUGAUGUUGAUGGGCUUGGUACUGAGCAGCUUGGCACUGAGCAAGGUACUGUUACGCAGCUUUAUGCCAAGCAGCUCAUGGAGAAGAAGUUGAAAGACUUGAAUGAGAACUUGCAGCCCGAUGAGAGACCUUGGCAGAAGGACAAGGACACCCAGCGUCUGCCCCAAAAGAUCGAAGAGGCCAUGGAAAGCUUGAGAUGGUGCAAACCUACUGGCCGUGCAGCUUUGAUUGAAGGCCCGCACAUGUCCGGCAAGACCGUGCUGGUGAAGAAGUGGUCUGAGAGGACGAAGACCAAGGUCAUUCAAGCCGUCUUGCAUCCCUACACCACCGAGCAGGACUUGUUCGGUCACAUGCUUCCCAACGAAUCGGCUCAAAAGAGUCAAAAGGCCGGAGACGCGUUGGCCGGAAACGCCUUCGUAUGGAGCGAUGGUCCAGUGCGCCAAGCCGCGCGUGAGGGAUGUCUCCUGCACCUGAAGGGCGUGCAUUUGCCGUCGCCCGGCGUUCUGGAAUCCCUCAACAGCAUCCUUUGUGCCAAGCCAGGCGAUCAACUGAAGCUGGCUGGCCGACCAUGCGAAGUGCGUGAGGGCUUCUGUGUGAUCGCCACGAUGACCAAGAUGGACCGCGGAGAAGCGCGGCUGUCACCGGCAUUUCUGAGCCGCUUCCUGCGAAUCAGCGUCACACCAGAGUUGGGUCAAGAUGACACACAGUUUAUGCUCACGAAGUGGAUUCCGACUCUUUGCCCGGCUCAAGCUACAGAUGUCAAGCUUGAGAUCCCAGAGAGGCAGGCAGAGUCAGAUCUGCCAGUUCACUUUGGCUAUUUGUCGCAAAUGCUGGUCUUCUAUCAGAGAAUGGGUAAAUGGUGGAAAGAAUGGUGCAAACAACAACAUGAAGAUCCCAAGCACCAGUGCUUCGAAUCGCGCAUCAGUGGCUUCAAAUCACGUGUCAGUGAUGACAACAACUUUGCUAGAGAAUCCUGGGAUUUCUUAGUGGAGUUGCAAUCUCAUCGAAUGGGCACUUCAAAGAGCGACAUUUUGUCCGACCAGUUCAAGACGCCCAUUGAUUUCUCACAGAACGUCUUGGAUAGAACAUACCGAAAGUUUGUGUCAAAGAAGACGAAGUGGGAGCAGAUUUUUCACCUUCUGUCCACCGCAAUCAUCAUGCGAAUGCCAGUGAUUCUACAAGGCAAGCCAUCAACAGGAAAGACCCUGGGCCUAGAAACGCUGCUGGAGGCACUCGCACACACCGAGAAUUCGCUGGAGGCGCCCGGGAAAGGUUCUGCUUCUAUGUCAGUGGAAGAUUUCUUUGGCAACUUCAUAAUCAAGGGCGGCAGCAGCGGACAUUGCAUCUUUCAAGAGGGACCUUUGUGGCGAGCCGUGCGGGAUGGAGGAGUCCUGAUUGCCGACGAACUGAACCUGGUCUCUCCUGAAGUCCUGAUGGCCUUGCAAGAAGUCUUUGAUAUGGAGGAAGAGAUCCAGAACCCAGUAAACAAGGCCAAAGCAAGGCUGGAUCCGAUGUUUCACUUCUUCGCCACUCAGAACUCGGCGGCUUUGCUGGGACGAAAUGUUUUGCCAACGCACAUCACCAUGCGGUCAAUGAUCAUUGAUGUGCCGGAGUAUGAAAAUCAGCAAGUGGAGUCAAUCCUAAAGCGACUGGCAGCGAAAGAACACACCGCUUACCUGAAAAAACACGGGUUUGCCAUCCCCAUGCGGACCGUGACUCAACGCUUCCGCGAGAAAGUCGCCAGCCUCUGUGCUGAAGUCUUCAAGGCCAGCACGAAAGCCUGGACCUUGCGCGAGAUGAGCAAGCUCUUCGUGCGGGUCUGUGCCGAUGCGGACCCUGAAAAGAAUUUCUCGAUGCACGCGUACGUGCUGUUGGGAGCAGUACAGAGGCCCAAGGAUGCAGAAAUAGAUGCGUCACAGAUGACAUCGACCGAUGCGGAUAUGCUGGUGAAUUGUUCAUCUCUUUUGACGCAAGAGCAACUGCAGAGGAUGAAAUUUGGGAUCCGAACUGAUACAAUUUCAUGGGAGUUCUAUUUUGGGGAGUUGAAGAAGACUUCGGAUGAGACGCCAGAUGCUCCAGAUGAGCCUCUAGAUGAGACUCCAGAUGAACCUGCUUGGAUCUCCGUGCUUCACGACGUUCCAAACGGAGUGAAGAAGACAGCAGAUCUGGUUUGUGAGAUGGUCAUGGGCAUGGGGAAAGAGGUGGUGAAAGGCCUUUGCGCUGCGGCGUUUGCAUUGAAGUACCAAGAGCCAGUGCUUCUGGAAGGGACUUCCUUACAGGAUUUCUUCGGCGGGAUCGAACCCCACAAUUCAGAGACGUACCAAAAGCAUGCCCUUGCUUGGAUGAAACAGGUUGAUGCAGAUCCUCCAGCUGACACUGCUUCCAUGGCUGAGAUCAAGCGUUCGUUGAAUCGAAAUCCGACCGAGGGCAUUGAGAAGAGCGAUGCGCUGCUCAUCGAUAGUUAUUCAAAACAUGUCUUCAAGGAGCUCGAGCCCUGCGACACGAGCGGCGAAAAAGAGAAGGGGCAGCUCUUUCCCCUCGUGGAACGUGGGCUCAUGAUUCCCUUCCGUGUGGGAAAGAUCCUGCUGCUGAAGAACCUCAAUGAGGUGGAUGCGGCAGUGCUUGAGCAUCUCAAUCAGCUCUUUGCUUCUCGGAAGGUCACCACGGCCAACUCAGAAAGGCUCGCGGCCCACAGCCAAUUUCAGAUCUUGGCGACGGUGCGAACACCGCUCAGCAGCGAUUUGUCCGCCGCCAUGCGAUCGCGGCUGACUGUGGUGAGACUGAAGCGCGACACUCUGUCAUGGGAGACGACAUUCAAAGCCGAUGCAUCACAGGAUCAGAGUCCCAAGGACUUCACCUUUCCAAAAGCCAUGCCAACUCUUCGCCACCUGGGAUGGGCAAGUACGGCAACUAGUGCUUUAGCAGCUUUGAAGCAGACACGCAAGGUGGAAGAUGACGCGGCAACUGCUCUGUCGAAGCAGUCUUCCACGGCUGAAAUCCAGGAGAUGAAGUUGCAAGAGUGCCUGCGUUUGAUGAAGAAGACCUCGCAGCUCUUCAAGCCCGGCGAGCCCGGCGAGCCCGGUGACCGCACACUUGUUCUGACUACAGAGCUCCAGAAGGACCGGCCAGACUUACCACGCGAGCUACGAAUCACUGAGCCAAUGGAGAAAAUCCUUACGCGCCUGCUGGUGUUUGAUUUCCUGUCUGAAUCGGCCGGUAUUUUCGCUCUCGAGCACUUUGCGGUACAUUCGAUUCCAAUAUUGAACAUCAUCGGAGAGCCUGGAACCAGCAAGACAAUGACCUGUCAGGUAGAAGCAGUACGAAAGGGUGCUCUCGUCCUCUUGGACGAAGUCAACCUCCUGCAUGAGACCUUGCUGGCCCAGAUCGCUGAAGUCGUGGGACAUUCACAAGUUCUAAAUCCAGAAGGCUGCUCCCCAGCCUUGCAGGUGCGCGACGAAGUCCUAAAGUUGCCCCACGAUGGGCCUCGGCCGAAGCGGCCCCUCUUCGUGGCAGCGAUGAACCCAGUGACGACGGGUGGAGGCCGCAGUGUGCUGCCUCCGUGGUUCCAGGAGCUGACCUGCUCAUUGCACGUGAAGGCGCCGAGCGAGGACUUGGCAGAGAUCUUGAAGAGCCUCUACAUCCCGAAACGAGAGGCGGAUGUCGAAACGAGUGAGGCCGUCGAGGCACACAUCGGCGCAAUCCUGGAGAUGGGAGGGCGCAGCGGAGAGGCAAAGUCAGGUCAGCUGAGCCUUCGGGGUUUGCAACGCCUUGCGCGCCUUCAUCACUCGCAGUUGGUCGCCCAGAGGAAAUGCAGAAAAGAGAAGCAGCAGGACGAGCCGAAGGAGGUCUUAAAGCGCUUCUCGGAAGUUCUUCGCAGUGACCGUGACUUCGAACCCGUGACCCGCGAUGGAACGGGCGGAACCGGUGAGUUCUCCGCCGUGGCGAGUUCUCCGAAAUGGUUUCAGCAAGUCUUGCCAUGGGCCACAGAAGCUGGUCCGUACAUUUUACUUAGAGGGCCAGCAUGCAGCGGAAAAUCCACAGCCAUAACAAGCUUUGCGAAGGCACAAGGGAAGGAGCUGGUGAGCAUCAAUGCCCAUGCAGAGACGGCAACCACAGAUAUACUGGGUUCCUUUAUGGUGGAUGGGAAUGCCUUCCAGGUUGGGGACAAAGUCCAGGUACGGAGCACCUCCAAUCCAUUGCUGGAUGGAAAGAAAGGAACAGUCCUGAACUACGAUGUGGAUAAUAAGGUUUGCACCUUGCUGACGGAUGCGCGCGUGGAAUGCGUGCCCUGUGACGAUGUGAAGCAGAUCGAUCCGAAGCGGCGAUUGAGCUUUCUCGAUGGGCCUUUGCUACGGGCCACGCAAUGCGAAAACGCAUGGCUGUUGAUUGAGAAUGUCAACAUGGCGCCCCCUGAGGCCAUCGAACGCUUCAAUUCCCUGGGAGAGUCAUUGCCUUGCCAACUACAUCUAUUGGAGCUGGGCAGCCACGAUGGCAAAACGCCCGUUCAUCCGGUCAGGAGUGACUUUCGGAUCUUCUUCACGGCGGACCCGCAAAGGCCAACAGCAAAUCGACUAUCAGACGCCUUUCUCGAUAGAUGUACUGUCAUAGAGUGCCAAAGCUUCGACAAGCUUUACAAGAAGCGAUGUCAAGCAGCCGAUGCCAAGUCAGAGAUUGAGAACACGUACUUGGAAGCCGUCAAAGGGCUCGGGGUUGUACAUGAUGUAUUUCAACGAUCUGAGCUGCUGGCACAGUCCUUGGUCGAGUUGCAUGCGGCAGCGCUUCGUGAAGAGCCCAACACACGCCUGUAUGUGGCUCAGCACGUGUGCGGUGCGCCACUGACAGCUCGCACCUUGCGAAGGGCGUUGACCUCGAUGGAAGCAUUUAGUGGUCCAGAAGCAGCGUUGGAGUUGGUCUUUGGCAAAGCGCUCUUGGACAGAGUCGCGCACAAGCACGUUCACAAAGUGAGUUUGUGCGCCAAAGGCUUGGGAUUCCAUGAGGGAAGCGGGCAAGAUCUCAGAAGUUUCUUGGAGACUUCUCACGGCCAACGUUACAACAGGAUUCUUCGUUCGCUACAAGCCAUGGCUGCCAAAGCUCAGGUGCACCAGCAAAGUGUUUUGAACCCGGAGGUCUUGCGACUGAGCAUUCCAGAACGCAUCACAGUCCGCUUGAAGGACGGGCCCUCACUGCACCUAUCGUCGGCCACGGUCGUGGUGAAGCAGCGAGCAAAAUUCGAAGCUGGGUAUCUGAUGGGCAACUUGCAACUGGAUGAACAGUCCGCGGACAGGGUUUGCGAAUUCUUUUGGCACCUUCCCUAUGGCCGUUUGAAUGCCGAGUGGCAGCAUGCAAAGGAUGAAGAGUUUAUCUCACAAGCAUUUGCAAAGCCGUUCUUGGAGGCUUUCAUUGGUCAGGCAACUGUGGAGGCUUUCAUGGGUAAGGAAGCGGUGCAGGUGCUUCCCGAGGGAGUUCCGGAUUGCAAGCAAGUUUCCUUGACAGUGAACUUGGAUGAGCUUGCAGAUGAACGGCCACAUGGCAAGGAUUCGGAUGCUCGUUUUGGCUUUCAUUUCUCCAUGGACUUUGCACCUCAGCAGAGAUUGACAUGCCUGGGAUUCACGAUGACCGAAGCACAUUGCCGAGUGCUCAACAAGGGACCAGAGCGUGAGCCGGAUGAGACGGAGAAUCAGUUUGCAUCAUUGUCCGGGCGUUUGGACAGCCAUUUGUUACGUGCCGAAUGCGAGUUCACGAUGACUGUUUGCCGAGCGGCUUCGACCAUGAGGGUGGACCAAUUGGUCCUCAAGUUUCAAGCGAAAAAGUUGUGGACCCUUUCGUUCAGUGGCCAGCUGGCCAAGGUGAUUCUAGAACAGCGAGAAAUGGCUCUGAAGCUCUCUGACCUCAUGGUGAAAAGGGCCGAGAUCACAUUUGAAUACAAAAAGGAAGCAGAGAAGGAAUGGUCUGAGUUUGUGCGGAUGGUGCUGCUUGCUUCCCUGCUUGAUCAUGAGAAGGUCCCUGGCUGGAUCGACUGGAUCUCAUGCUUCUUGAAAAAGGGAGAGGUCUUUUGUGAGAAGAUGGCCCUUCGUUCCUCCUCCCUCUACCUGAAGUCGAGCAUCGAAAAUGCCAGUGGAUUCAAAGUCAACCUCGCAACGGAGGCUGAGAUGGGCACCGUUGCAACGGCUGAGAUGCAUCUUCAAUCCUUGGAGCUCAUCUUUCAUCAAGCGAAGGACAAGAGCUCUUUGCUUUUGACUGGCGUUGGGCAGUUUCAGUUCGACUCCAAGACCUUUCAGUCGGAUUGGAACUUGCAGAUUGAUCCACACGAUCCGGAAGGAAAGGGACACCAACUCAAAGUGCGACGUGAAACUUUGCGAUGCCACUUGCAGAACGAGAGACUUGUGUUCGAUGACCUCGAUCAGCUUCGGAAGGCCUUUGAGGAGUUGCCACCGGAGUCAGCUUCCAGUCCCACAAAGAAGGAUGCGAAAACGGAAAGCAAGCAAUUGGAGCCAACCCCACGGACAUCCAAGGUUGGGGCAAGAACGUCCACAGCAAGACCGAGUACAAGGCCGAGUGUGAGUACGGAUCUGAGGCAGGAUUGGAAGCAAAAGGUGAGUGAUCUGAAAGUAGACACAUGGCAGAACCACUUGAAGGAGCUUCAACCAAUCAUGGAGGCGACAAGCUUGCGCGAGAUUCGUGUCUUGCUUCUUUUGGACCACGAGACCUUUGCAGAACAAGUCUCCGAACGCGCCAAGCAGGAGCUACUCCACAUUCUUCUCACUGUGGAACGGCUACGUGGUAAGGUGCAAGGCUGCGUUACAGGCUCAACUUUGCAAGCAGCGAAGCUUCCGGCACCGCUCAAAGGUUUGGAGACGCCGAGAGAGAUCUGCCGCGAGUUCUUCCAAGCAUUCAACUUCGGACAGUUUGAGGGAUCUGCAAGCUCGAUAAAGACUGAUGAGUCUUUUCAUUUUGUGUUGCAUCUCACAAAACGCAGUCCGGCUGAAUUCGAUAAAAGAGCUGUCGAAGAGCUCAAGGAGAAAACUAAGUCCAAAGAGCUUCUCGUGGGUCAGAUCUUCAUCGCAUCCGCCAUGACAUAUGAGCUCGUUUCCAGUGAACCAACACAGGAAAGAUUGGACAUAAAGCAGAUGACAUCUCUGCCACACCUAUUCUUGGGCUUACUUCUCCGAGCUGAACAGAAAGCUGAGUUGAAAGCCAGACCCAGCCGCGAACUCCGUGAGAUUCCGGAAGAGUUGUGCGAUUUCAAGCAGUCAGAGACGGCCGGAAAAUUCGGCAGCUUUCGACACAAGGUCGAGACCGAUGCUUCCACUGAUACUUCCAAGAGCUCUUCGAGUACGAAGCUGCAACUUUAUACGCGUGUCUUUCCCGCAGAUGCAGUCAAGAUUGACUGGGACCACGAAAUGAACAAGCUAGAAGCUACCAGCGAAGCCAAGCUCAAGGGCGCUCCGCCAGACACGGACAGGUUUUGGAGCCACGACGAGGAUGUGCAAGGCUUGGUGGAAAAGUUUCGAGAGCCUUUGCGACAGCUCCCACCGAACCUUUACACGCAAGUUGCUCCUUCAAAGAAAGGAAAGCUAUUGAGCAUUCCUGGCCUCAUUCAGUUUGUGGCCACUGGUGGAGCCAAUCAAAAUAUUUGGCAAGCUCGAAAACGCGGCGGGAAAGUGGUCAGAAGCAUUUCCCUCGUGUUGGAUCCAGGCACUUUUGCUACAGAAGAUCCCGAUGAGGACUUCUAUGUUGUGGCAUUGGCACUUGCACGGGCCUGCAGCGCUGAGAACUUCAGCAUUUCAGUGUUCCACCCGGCCUAUGGAAUGUUGAAGGAUCAAUCUGCUGGAGAGCAUUCCUGGACUGAACAUUCUAGGCGAUGCUUCCAGGCCCUUUGCAACAGCAACCUACAUGAAGGGCCCUAUGAGCUUGUGGGCUCUCUCCUUCGAGCGGCCAAGAAGUUGGUGGGUGAUACUCAUGCCAAAAAAGCAGAAAGUCCGGACGGCGUCCGGCACUUGCUUCUUUUGACGCGCAACAGCUGCUACGAUGCCGGUAGCACACUGGCAGACUUGUGGCGAUGGCUGCGCAUGAAGCAAAUCAGUCCCUGUGCCGUAUGCAUGGGCAUGGCUCACGGGCACCAUCCGAACUUCGAGACCUUCGUUCACCUGAAAAGCCCGAUGGACUUCUUGGGCCUCACGAAGGCGAUCUUCUCGAGCGGCCGGACAGAAGUAACUCCUCCUUUGGAGUUGCUGAAAGAGCCGGAAACCGAAGCUGUGCGCGGACCGGGAGAGUACUACUACAGCGACAUGUUCCUCUACGAAAAGCCAAGAGAUGUACGUGAAGAAGUUCAGCAAGGACUGGAAGAAGACAGCGAACAGGCGAAAGAGCAAGGCAAUCCUCACGUGUGGGGCUGGUGCUCGCGGGACGUCGGCAACUCCAUCAAGAAUGGCACAAUCUUCCAGCGCUGUUCUGUUGACAAUCGGGUCGACGGAGUGCGGGCAGAAGGGUCUUUGCCACGAGACUCCAAAUGCUUUGUGACCUUCAGGAUGAUUGGCACACAUGCGGCAGUGGGUGUUGGCACCAGCGACUGCACACUACAUGAAAGUGGCCGGACCUACCUCUUUGGCCAAGAUGAACACUCCUGGGCGCUUUGCUUCGGCCGAGGGACGAGGAAUCAGGUGAAAGCACUCCACAACGGGGUCGGCAUCGCAGCGGAAGACGCAGGUUCAACGGACUUCACCAUUGCCGAUGAAGACUUGAACUUUGAAUGCAUGUCCUUCGCCUUCGACAUCACAGCCUCUGGUGAGAUGCGGGUGACCUUGCCCAAAGGCAAAAGCCUGACGGUGCCCUUUGGGAUCUCACCAGACUUGGAGAUCUAUGUGGUGGCCUCAACGGUUGAGAACGGCGGCAGGAUCACCAUUUCCCACCAGGAUCUGAAUCUGCCAGAUAUCGAUUUUUCUGGCUGGACGUUGCACCAGGCUGCAAAGGAGGGCCGGACAGAUGUGCUGAAGGCUUUGCUUCAGACUGGAGACGAUGAGGACCAGACAGAUGAUGAAGAAGGCAGAACUCCCUUGCAUUGGGGAGCGCAUCAUGGCCACACGAACAUUGUCAAGGAGCUGCUCGCUGUUGGGGCAGCAAAAGAUGUACAAGAUAACGAGGGGCAGACCGCCGUGGACCUCGCGCGAGAAAGAGACCGCAUGCAGAUCCUGGAGCUCCUUGAGGCAAGCGAUUUUUCUGGCUGGACGCUCCUCAAGGCGGCGCAGGAGGGCCGAGUGGAUGCGCUAAAGGCUUUGCUGGACAAAGGCUCAGACAAGGUUUGCCGAAACGGGCACCAGUUGACAACGAAUGUCGGCGGGAGGCAUGGUUGGCGCUGUGAUGGUGUGGUGAUGGGUUCGCGGUGUGAGGUCCGCGGCAAACCGCUGAGCUAUUAUUGUAAGGCCUGUGACUUUGAUCUUUGUGUGAACUGCUGCUUUCCGGACCAAGAUGAUGGAGGCAAGACUUGCUUGCAUUUGGGGGCCAAACAUGGCCAUGUCAACAUCGUUGAGGAGCUGCUUGCUGUUGGGGCAGCGAAGGAUGCACAAGACAACGAGGGCCAAACGCCUUUGCAUGUGGCUGUCAUCAAAGAACAUGUGGAGAUCGCGCGAGCGCUGCUCGCUGCGGGAGCCAAGAAGGACAUCCAGGACCAGCAAGGGCAAAGGCCUGAGGACCUCGCACGAGAAAGAGGCCACAUGGAGUUCCUGGAUCUAGUUCAGAUCCAAGACUACCUUGUGGAUGGCGCAGGGACCACAGAGGUCAAUGGUCUUUAUUCGAAGUCCAAACGAGCGGACAAUGGCCUCUUAGUGUUCAAAAACAAGAACGGGAUUGUCCUCUUCAAGUAUGAGGAAUAUUGGUACUUCUCCAAAGAUGGCCAGUCAACCGAUCAAAGCGCAGGUCACUAUUAUCGUGUCCAAUCUGAUGCCAGCUCUCCUCCAGCUGAUGGUUGGAACACCACAGAUUGCCCUCUUGGAGACGGCACGUCCUGCCCAACGGUGCAACCCAUGGACCUGGAGCACGAGGGCUGGACAUUGCACAAAGCAGCAAAGGAGGGCCAAAUGGAUGUGCUAACGGCAUUGCUUGACAAGGGAGCGGAUAAGGACCAGAAAGACGAGGACGAAGGUGGGGCUGCCUUGCAUUACGCAGCGCUAAGGGGCCACGUGGAGAUUGUUCGGGCGCUGCUCGAAGCAGGGGCGGAGAAGGACAUCCAGCACCAUGCAGGCUGGACUCCUCUCCUUUUGGCAGUCAGAAGUGGCCAUGUGGAGGUAGUCCAAGAGCUGGUCAAAGCCGGCGCAGCGAAGGAUAUCAAGCAAGAAGAUGGCCAGACUGCCUUGCACUUUGCAGCAAGAGAAUCCCACCUGGAGAUCCUCAAAGAGCUCCUUGUAGCCGGUGCAACGAAGGAAGUGCAGGACAAUGAAGGCCUUACUCCUCUCCUCCUUGCAGCGGCACGUGGCCAUGUGGAGAUAGUGAAAGAGCUGAUCCAAGCCGGCGCAUCGAACGAUGUCAAAGACAAUGCUGGCCGGACUGCCUUGCACUUUGCAGCAAGAGAAGGUCACAUGGAGAUCGUCAAAGAGCUCCUCGCAGCCGGUGCAACGAAGGAUGUGCAGGACAACGAAGGCCACACUGUUCUACAUAGCGCAGCCAAAGAAGGCCAUGCGGAGAUCGUCAAAGAACUACUCGCAGCUGGUGCGACGAAAGAGAUCCAGGACAACAACGGCAAAACCGCUGCAGAUCUCGCGUGGAAAGAGGGCGAAACGGAGAUCGUGGAGCUACUGGAGGAUCCUGCAGAAACACUUGCUCGCUGGACAGUGCUCAAGGCGGCAGAGAAGGGCCGAUUGGAUGUGCUCAAGGCGUUGCUCGAGCAGGGCGCCGAUAAGGACCUGAAAGAUGAUGAAGGCAAAACUGCCUUGUAUUGGGCAGUGCAGAAGGACUCCAUGCAGAUGGUCCAGGCGCUGCUCGCUACCGGGGCCGCGAAGGACAUCCAGACGAAUCUUGGCCACACUGCUCUACAUCGCGCAGCCAAAAAAGGCCACGUGGAGAUUGUCAAAGAACUCCUUGCAGCCGGUGCGACGAAGGAGAUCCAAGACAACAACGGGAAGACGGCUGCAGACCUUGCCUCAGACGAGGACCACUUGGAGGUCCUGGAGCUCCUGGAGGAGCCAGCAGCUGUCUUUUCUCGUUGGACAGUGCACAAAGCUGCUGCAAAGGGCAGGGUGGAUGUGCUGAAAGCUUUGCUCGAGAAGGGAGACGACAAGGACCUGCAGAAUGACGAGGGCCAGACAGCCUUACACAUCGCGGCGAAUAAUGGCCAUGUGGAGACCGUCAAAGAGCUCCUCGCAGUCGGUGCUGCGCAUGACAUCCAGGAAAAGGAUGGAGGCUGGACGGCUUUGCAUUGGGCAGCUCGCAAUGGCCACGUGGAGAUCGCCCAGGAACUGCUCACAGCGGGGGCAGAGAAGGACUCCCAGAAGAGUGACGGCUGGACUCCUCUCCAUAAUGCAGCCUAUCGUGACCAUGUGGCGAUUGUACGAGAGCUGCUUGCGGCCGGGGUGAGGAAGGACAUCAAGCAAGAAGAUGGGAAGACGGCUGCAGACAUUGCCUGGGACAAGGACCACUUGGAGGUCCUGGAGCUCCUGGAGGAGCCAGCAGCUGUCUUUUCUCGUUGGACAGUGCACAAAGCUGCUGCAAAGGGCAGGGUGGAUGUGCUGAAAGCUUUGCUCGAGAAGGGAGACGACAAGGACCUGCAGAAUGACAAGGGCUGGACUGCCUUGCAUUUGGGAGCCUCGAAGGGCCACGUGGAGAUCGUCCAGGCGCUGCUUGCAGCCGGAGCAGCGAAGGACAUCCAGACCAACACAGGUAGCGACACUCCUCUCCAUUUGGCGGUAUGGAACAACCAUGUGGCAAUAGUGCGCGAGCUUCUCGCGGCCGGGGCGGAGAAGGAUAUCAAACAAGGAACCGGCAAGACUGCUGCAGACCUUGCAAGACAGAAGGGUCACACGGAGAUCCUGGAGCUCUUGGAGGCUUCUGAUUGACAGCCCUUACUAUUGGAGAGCAGCCUUUUGAGGGGGCUGACAAAGGCUGUGCUGAAGUUGUUUUUAUGGCGUUGUGACGCUUGGGAGGGCUUUGGAGCAAUGAAGGCAUUCCUUGUCUUUACUCUCCCAAAGCAAGUGAAUACCUCGAUUCCGGAUUCAGGCGCUUUGCACCUCCUCAACAGAUGCUGUGGAAGAGGUGAAACCGGAAUGUGGCUGCACCAAAGCAGUGAAGCCAAACACCUGGAGCAUUCACGGCAUCCUUCCAGUGAUUUUGGAGCUUAGAGUGUUACUUUGUUGAUGCCCCCAAACCAUCUACACCCGCUAUGUGCUGGUGAAUAUGCCGUGGGUACACAGAUGUGAAGAAGAAUCCACAUACCGUUGCUCUUCCAGGGUUCCAGCUUGAAUCCUCGAGAUGAAUGGAGCUGGACUCGUUUGAAAUCUGGCCAUUGAAGCGCCAAAAGGCAGCAUUUAAGUGGCCUUUAUAUAUGUACGGACACCCAGGACGAUGGCAUCCUUUGAGCACCAAGGAGGUGCUGCCCAAACACACGAGAUCGCACGAGGCAUCCUUGCAUCAUCUUCCGACACGCUUCCGCC